ACAGUCAAACACAGUAGGAAUGUGGUCAGCACCCUGUCAAACACAGUAGGAAUGUGGUCAGCACCCUGUCAAACACUGUCAGGAGGCGGUCAGGACACUGUCAGGAGGCGGUCAGGACACUGUCAGGAGGCGGUCAGGACACUGUCAGGAGGCGGUCAGGAGGCGGUCAGGACGAGGUCAGGAGGCGGUCAGGAGGCGGUCAGGAGGCGGUCAGGACACUGUCAGGAGGCGGUCAGGACGAGGUCAGGAGGCGGUCAGGACACGGUCAGGAGGCGGUCAGGACACUGUCAGGAGGCGGUCAGGACGAGGUCAGGAGGCGGUCAGGACGCGGUCAGGAGGCGGUCAGGAGGCGGUCAGGAGGCGGUCAGGAGGCGGUCAGGAGGCGGUCAGGACGAGGUCAGGAGGCGGUCAGGACGAGGUCAGGAGGCGGUCAAGACACGGUCAGGACGAGGUCAGGAGGCGGUCAGGACACUGUCAGGAGGCGGUCAGGACACUGUCAGGAGGCGGUCAGGACACUGUCAGGACGCGGUCAGGACACUGUCAGGAGGCGGUCAGGACACGGUCAGGACAUUGUCAGGAGGCGGUCAGGACACGGUCAGGACACUGUCAGGACACUGUCAGGACACGGUCAGGACACGGUCAGGACGAGGUCAGGACGAGGUCAGGACACGGUCAGGACGAGGUCAGGAUACUGUCAGGACACUGUCAGGAUACUGUUUAGUAGCAAUAUUGUUGAGAAAUCGACCUUUUUUCUAAAACAGAGUAUCAUUGA